GACAUAUUCCACAAGCACGUCAUCACAGCAGACUUUGGCUCAGGCGGAGUCGUGGUUCCAGAAUUGCAAGCAUAAUCAUGAGAAGUGCAAAGAAGUUGCCACAGAUCCGAGAUGGUAUCCGACACGCCUCAUUGAAAUCGGUCCAUUGAAUGCAUCGAAAUUCGUCUGCCGCAUAAUCAAUACCGACGAUGAAGCUCCUGAUGGCCCCUACAUGACUUUGAGUCAUUGUUGGGGAAGCACAAAUAGUCUCAUUCUGACCAAGAGCAACGCCGCCCAGCUUCUUGAGGGCAUUUCUUCAGAGAAUCUACCACGUCUUUACCGAGAUGCAGCUUAUGUUGUUCGGAAACUCGGUGUACGAUACCUCCGGAUCGAUGCUCUUUGUAUCAUCCAAGCGGGAGAUAACUUGGCCGACUGGCAACACGAAUCGGUCCUCAUGGAUAAGGUGUACUCACACGCAUUCUGCAACCUGUCCGCUCUGUCUGCACUGGACAGUACACAUUCCCUAUUUUAAUGAUCGUGAUACCGAUGCCUGCCGACUACCACUUAUUCACCAAGCUAUAAGAGGCCAGGCAACCCCAGCCUCUUUGGUCGAUGGACUUUUCUGGGCGGAAGAGGUUAGGCGAGGACAUGUCAACACGAGGGCAUGGGUACUUCAAGAACUCCUUCUUUCUCGACGAGUUUUGUUUUUCGGCGAGCGCCAGGUGUUUUGGGAUUGCCGGUCCGGUCGUGCGGCCGAGAUAUGGUUAUUAAAUACUCCCGUCGAGGAUUCCUACGAAGGUCCCCGCAUCGAGGAUCUCCAGCUUGACCACGGCAGAACCCGCGGAGAGGCGGAAGACACACGAAAAGCAUACGACUGCUGGUCCAAUAUCGUCUCCACGUAUACUCGCUGCAAUAUCACGUUUCCUAGCGACAGAAUGAUUGCUCUCUCUGCAGUGGCAAAGGAGAUGAAGGAGGUGCUCGGAGAUGACUACAUCGCCGGCAUGUGGCGUCGCUAUUUGGAGUCAGAACUCCUUUGGAGAGUGCUUACUGUGCCUGACUCUCCUAGCUCGCUGCCUAAGACCUAUAGGGCUCCGAGUUGGUCUUGGGCCGCCGCAGACGGUGCGGUCAUAGCAGGCUGGCCCUAUACACGCAAUAGUCCGCUCAUCGAGGUUGAGGAUUUCCAUAUCGAAUACGUCACUGGCGACAAAACCGGCCUAAUCUCCGGCGGAUGGCUACGUCUAUGGGGUAAAUUGAAGCCAAUGAAACUUUUCCGUUACGAAGGGCCGCGCAGCAGGGACAAUGACCAUGAUGGCCAAGUCUGGAACAUAGUCGUCAACGGGCUGAACACCAAAGAGGGGCAGGUCCAAAAUGUCGUUGAGCUGGAUAUGUUCCAUAACAACUUCGACGAACAGAACAAUAAGUCUUUUCUAUACUGCAUGCCAGCUAAGUGGCAUGAGGUCGGAGUGAUUGACUCUGAAACUCGCGAGGUAAGUGGCAAGAUGAGUAUGUACGAACUUUCGUUGUUAUUAUUCGAGUUACAAGAUAGCGAAGGACAACUCUUUAGACGCCUUGGAAUUGCUCGCAUUUCAGUUGGAUCGACAAAGGAAGACUUUGUGAUUCAGCAAGAAGGAGAGAGCGGAUAUCCUUGUGA